GGGUGAAUUACAGGUGAAAAUGUUGAGUGUCGUACGGGACAUUUCUGAGUGCCGUACGACACACAUCAUUUUCACCUUUGAUUCACCCAUAAUCAAUUGUCUUUUGUUGGUUAUCAGUUUUCCACAUGACUACCCACUAUAACUUUAUCAUUGGCAAAAAAAUAAAAUGUAUUGCUCAAGCCGUCUGCUAAGAGACUAGAAAUUGUAGAAAUGUCCCGUACGACACGUAUGGAAUCGCCCAGGAGGGCAUUUAGAUUCAUCAUGUUCAUAUUCCGUCGCGUAAUAUCAGUUGUUUUAUUGAGAGUAUUAUAUCAAAAACCCUUGAUAUAUUCAUGUUUUAGCUCCGCCUCAUACUGGGACAAAGAAACAACCGAAAGAAGGCCGAAUGCUUCCUAAUGACGUUCAUUCAGUCAUCAUCGAUCUUUUGGUAGCAAAAUAGAAGAGGGAGAGCAUGGAGAGAGUCACCUCUUUACGUCGAGACUGUUGUUAAGCUAGCGACUAAAUUCUCCUAAUUGUUUGCGCUGAUCAGUGAAAGCGAAACACACCAAGCCUGUAAUCCGAAGACACUUGAAGUAAGAGGUGCGUGAUUGUACCUCCAUGGAUUGAUCGAGACUCUUCUUCGAAGGACCCGAGCAAAAAGAUCAAGGAUUGGCCCUUAAAUGCUCAUCUUCAAUCGACUCGUUUCGAAGAGGAGGUGCUCAAAAUCAAGUUUCUUUAUGGACAUCACUAACUAAUAUAGAAAUUUGGGCACCUUAUGUAUAUCUUUUUAAAGAUCUGUUUAUGAAAAUGGAUAAUAGACCUACCUGAACGAAUAGUUGGAUGUUUUUUGAAAGGCAACGCACACGUAGAAGAGAACAAGUACUUUAUUAUGCUUUCAGCUCUGGCUAAGGAAUCCUUAUCUAAAAUGGGUUUCAAAGAAAGACGAGUUAUUCUCCAUCAGGAAGUGUCCGAGCUUCGAUCAGAUCUCGAUAACAUUAAAGACGCUCAUCAUCUUGUCAGAAAGGAAAUCAAAGGUAUUCGACGAGCCAUGAAGCUACUCAUUGCAUCUUAUCGUCAGCAAAACCCCGAGGGAAAUAGCAAACCAAAUAGAAAAUUAACCGAACACAAUCCAAUGAUACGACUUCCAACCGAGUACUCGAGAAAUAUCGAUAUGGAAUCGAUAUGUGGUGAACUACCGAUACUGGAGCCUCUUUCGGAUGACGACAUUCUAUUUGGCGAACACCAAGAUGUGGAAUUAGAUCUAGAUGAACACGUUGGGAUUUCAUCGUUCCAGCGACGACAAAGCAUACAGUUUGGAUCACCAUCUCCACCGGAAAAUUUUCUUAUAAGACGAACUAGCCCAACUCGCGCCUCGAUUCAAUUCGGGUCGGAUUUCGGCAUCGUUUCGCCUGGAUUUAUGACGCCCGAAGACAGCCGACCGCCACGGCUUGCCAGUAUGGCAGAGGACGAACCGGAUCAAACCGAUUACACGACCUCCGAACGCGACACACCGGAUAGUAUCGUUACGAGUGAAGAUUCGACUAGUCUACCAAAUUCGAAUGAGUACUAUCAUCCGUCACCACGGCAGCAUUGUGACCGAUCACGAUAUCUGAUGAGACGGAGCACUAUGGACAUGAUCGAUGCAGACUCCCUGGGAUGGAGCACCAAACGGGACUGGGAAGAAAAGCAAUUUAUCAUAGAAUCGAUACAACAGGGAAGACUCGGACGGAAGAGACCACCACUUCGUCGUCAAAACACUCAACCGAAUCUCAUAGGGCAUGUAGGAGGACGCGUGGUGAACUCCUCAGUGACUUCAAGGAGGGGUUCUUCAGUCCCUUCAUCGGCGUUAGAUGGCAGAGGUUCAAAGCCGUUACAGAUUCAGGCACUAUCGGGACACAUGUCACCGACGUCUCCGCGAUCGCCGACCUUACCGCGUCAGGGACUCAUCGGGUCGCCACUUACCACUCGUAGGGCAUCUGCAGCAGCAGCAGCUGCAGCGGCAUUGACAAAACACCAUAAUCACCUCAGAAGAAUAUCAGAUGAGGUCUAAUUAAGAUACACACACACAGACUAAAUCUACAUGUAUUUUUAUGUGUGAAUACAAUUUUCUAUAAUUCAUGAAGAGAAAUAUUUUCCCCUGCAUGCAUGGUUAUGUGACGGGACAGCUAAAAACUAGCGUGGAAACGUAUGCGAUCAACCGGAGGACUUCCAGAUCUAGGUCAUCUUCGAGGGACCUGGUAAUGAUGAUUAAGGACUUCUAUAACCAAGGCCAAUGAUCUAGAACAUGCUAUAUUCAUGGACCCGAUAUGCGUGAGCCAACUAUUUGUUUUACUAAAGACUAUGUCAGAAGCCAUCACAAUUAGGCCAAUCACUCAGGACUAUACAUCAUUGGAAAAAUAUGAAGCAGAAUACUAGUACAAUAAAGUUUUCAUGUUCACACCCUGCCAGCUUAAUAUUUUGCUUUUUAAGUACAGUAAAACUCAAAACCGCAAGCCUCGAAAAAGGGUUUUAUAUUGUCCUUAUCGCCAGCCUAUAUGUCCUCAUCUAUGUGAGCAGAGUUUUCACAAGUUGGUAUAUGGAUAAGUUAAGAAUAAUUUCGUGUUAGACAGAAAAUAACAUCUAGUAUUUCAUGCUUUUAUUCAUUUUGGGCUACAAGAUAUGUAACAGUUUUUGCUGAAAGUAACAGCUGUAGGCUGUAGCCAAAUAAGAGGUAAAUCAACAAUAUACAACCAUGCAUGUUGUAAAGUGAAACUGAAGGAUUUUGUGCAUACUUUUAGUGAAUUUUGUGACAAUUUUCAGUAAAAAAGAGUUAAGUUUUCAAAAUUUCUUGGGGCAACUGCCCCGCUGCGAACGGCCAUGAACGAACCCAUUUUCGAUGAUUACGAAUUGUUCCUAAAGCAAAAACUCGGGUGGUAAUCCAGGCCGAAAACAAAAUAAUUUGAAUGGGUAAACAGGUUGAAUCGGACAAGAAAAACACUGAAUAUUUCAUCAAAACUCGGACGAUGAAUAACAGUUAUGACAUUUUGCAGUUAUGCAUAAUUUCGGUGAUACCGUUCUAAAGUUAAUGGAUAUGCAAUUAGAAAACUGAUGAUGUCGUAUCACCACUUAUAUAUUAUUUUGUUUUUUACAAUAUGAAAUUAUGUUUAUUAAAAAAAUGUCCUCGAAGAAUGCAAACUUUGAUUAACCACUGAUUUAAUGUGUGAGGUGAUUGCUGCAACUUAUUUUGUUACUUACACAAACGUAUACGAAAAUAUGAAAUAAUUAUAUCAUGUAGUGACAGAAAACAGGGAAGUGGGGACAUGACAUCAUCCCACUGUUUUGCAUAUUCAUGACGGUGUGCAUAAACAUGUGACUGUUAAAAUAUUUAUGAAUUUCAAACUUCUAUAACCUCAUUCUUUGUUACCAGAUUUAGAUGAAAAUUUCAGCGUUUUGCUCUUGUUAAUUUCACUAUUUAUUUAGAUGUACUUCUUUCCAGCCUGAAAUACCCCAUUGGAGAACAGUUGUAUUUUGUAAUUGUCACUGAAAUUGGCUAUCUUGUUCUGCUAUAAUCUUCAAAGGGCUCUCGAAGGUGAAAUUAGACUUGGAUGCACGUUAUUAGGAGUGAAGGUAUCUAUUGCAAAUAAUUCUUGAUUUUCAUGUAUUUCAUUUCUGAUUUUAUGUGGAAAAUAAUAUAUUGACUGAUGGUAUACACGUUAUUACAUGUAUGGACGUCCAUGAAUUCAAAACUGUUAUUUCAUCGAUCUAUUUUCAAUAAAUCAAUUACUACUCCAAA